CCUCCCCAAAAGUUUUGGCAUAUAAAAGCCAAGCUAACUCAUUUGUUUAGGCAGUAGGGAGUUUCAGCUGGGGUCUGGAUUUUGGAGUUACACACACACCGGACCCUGCCCUGUAUGAGUGGUGUCUGAGGAAAAAAAGGAUUCCCCCUGUGUCGCAAAGAAUCUACAUGUCUAAUAUUUAGACAUGUUCAGCUUUGUGGAUAUUCGGUUAGCGCUGUUGCUCAGCGCAGCAGUGCUUUUGGCGAGAGGUCAAGGCGAGGAGGAUAGCUUAUUUGGCAGCUGCUCAUUAGACGGACAGUUGUACAACGACAAGGAUGUAUGGAAACCAGAGCCCUGCCAGAUUUGCGUCUGUGACAGUGGAACCGUCAUGUGCGACGAGGUGAUCUGUGAGGACACAUCCGACUGCGACGACCCCAUCAUCCCAGACGGAGAGUGCUGCCCUAUCUGCCCCGACACCGCGGUGGACCCACCCGUGAUUCCAGAUGGGAAUGAGCCAACAAAGGGAGACGUUGGCCCCAAGGGAGAUCCGGGUCCUGCUGGUCCUCCUGGCAAUGAUGGACUGGAUGGACAGCCUGGUGUUCCUGGCCCUCCCGGCCCCCCCGGCCCCCCUGGCCUUGGCGGAAACUUCUCUCCUCAGAUGAGCUAUGUUGACCACUCCAAAUCCAGCGGCGGUGGAACUAUCCCUGGCCCAAUGGGUCCUAUGGGUAGUCGUGGUGUUCCUGGACCCCCUGGCUCCUCUGGUCCCCAGGGUUUCACUGGCCCCCCUGGUGAGCCCGGUGAGCCCGGUGCUUCUGGUGCCAUGGGUCCCCGUGGUCCCGCCGGACCCCCUGGAAAGAACGGAGAUGAUGGUGAGCCCGGCAAAGCUGGUCGCCCCGGUGAGCGUGGAGCUGCUGGCCCUCAGGGUGCUCGUGGAUUCCCCGGAACCCCAGGACUCCCCGGCAUCAAGGGACACAGAGGAUUUAGCGGCCUGGAUGGAGCUAAGGGAGAUGCUGGACCUGCUGGCCCCAAGGGUGAACCUGGUGCAUCUGGUGAGAACGGUAUCCCCGGUGCCAUGGGUGCUCGUGGUCUUCCUGGUGAGAGAGGUCGCCCUGGACCUCCUGGCCCUGCUGGUGCUCGUGGUAAUGAUGGCAACACUGGUGCUGCUGGACCCCCUGGACCUACUGGACCUGCUGGUGCCCCUGGCUUCCCCGGCGGUGCUGGUGCUAAGGGAGAGACCGGACCUGCAGGAGGCCGUGGAAAUGACGGACCCCAGGGAUCCCGUGGUGAGCCUGGUAACCCAGGACCUUCUGGACCCGCCGGAGCUGCUGGCGCCCCAGGAUCUGAUGGCCAAGCUGGUGCUAAAGGUUCUCCUGGUGCUGCUGGUAUCGCUGGUGCUCCAGGUUUCCCUGGCUCUCGUGGUCCUGCUGGAGCUCAGGGAGCUGUUGGUGCUCCUGGUCCCAAGGGUAACAAUGGUGACCAUGGUCCCUCUGGUCCUAAGGGAGAGCCCGGUGCUAAGGGAGAGCCUGGCCCCGCUGGAGUUCAGGGACUUCCUGGCAACUCCGGUGAGGAGGGCAAGAGAGGAGGACGUGGAGAGCCCGGUGGUGCUGGACCCCGUGGACCCCCUGGAGAGCGUGGUGCCCCUGGUGCUCGUGGGUUCCCUGGUGCUGAUGGAGCUGCUGGUGGUAAGGGAGCCCCUGGUGAGCGUGGUGCCAAUGGCGCAUUGGGAGCUCAGGGAGCCACUGGUGAGUCUGGAAGCCCCGGUGCUCCUGGCGCACCUGGAUCCAAGGGUAUGACUGGUAGCCCCGGAAGCCCCGGCCCCGAUGGCAAGACUGGACCUUCUGGUGCCCCUGGACAAGAUGGACGCCCUGGACCUGCUGGCCCUGUUGGAUCCAGAGGACAGCCUGGAGUUAUGGGAUUCCCCGGACCCAAGGGAGUCACUGGUGAGAAUGGUAAGCCCGGUGAGAGAGGUCCCGCUGGUCCCACUGGCGCUGUUGGUGCUCCUGGCAAAGACGGUGACGCUGGUGCUCCUGGACCUUCUGGUGUCGCUGGACCUGCUGGAGAGAAAGGAGAGCAGGGACCUGUUGGUUCUCCCGGAUUCCAAGGUCUUCCUGGACCCCAAGGUGCUACUGGUGAGACUGGCAAACCUGGUGAGCAGGGCGGCCCUGGUGAGGUUGGAUCCCCUGGCCCAGCCGGACCAAGAGGCGACAGAGGUUUCCCUGGCGAGCGCGGUGCCCCCGGCAUCGCCGGCCCACCUGGAGGACGUGGUGCUCCCGGCCCUGCUGGGAACGAUGGAGCCAAGGGAGAGCCUGGUGCUGGUGGUGCCCCUGGAGGUCAGGGAGCCCCCGGUAUGCAGGGAAUGCCCGGUGAGCGUGGAGCUUCUGGUCUCCCCGGUGCCAAGGGAGAGAGAGGUGAUGCUGGAGCCAAGGGAGGUGAUGGUGCUGCUGGCAAAGAUGGCGUGCGUGGCAUGACUGGUGCUAUUGGAGUCCCUGGACCCCAAGGUGCUCAGGGUGAGAAGGGUGAGCCUGGUGCCGUUGGAGUUGCUGGACCCACCGGUCCUCGUGGUGCCCCUGGCGAGCGUGGAGAGACUGGACCCUCUGGACCUGCUGGAUUUGCUGGACCUCCUGGUGCUGAUGGUCAGCCUGGUGCCAAGGGAGAGAGCGGUGACACUGGACCCAAGGGAGACGCUGGUGCUCCUGGUCCUGCUGGACCUGUUGGAGGUUCUGGUCCUCAGGGACCUUCUGGUCCCGCUGGAGCUAAAGGUGCUCGUGGUGGUGCUGGAUCCCCUGGUGCUACUGGUCCCCCCGGACCUGCUGGAAGAGUUGGACCCCCUGGCCCCCCUGGAGCUAGCGGGGCCCCCGGACCCGCUGGACAAGUUGGCAAAGAAGGAGCAAGAGGAGCACGCGGUGAGACCGGUCCAGCUGGUCGCCCUGGUGAGGCUGGCGCUGCUGGAGCCCCAGGACCAGCCGGAGAGAAGGGAUCUCCUGGCUCUGAUGGAUCCCCUGGCGCCCCUGGUACCCCCGGACCCCAAGGUAUUUCUGGACAGCGUGGUAUUGUCGGUCUCACUGGACAGCGUGGAGAGCGUGGUUUCCCUGGUCUGCCUGGACCAUCUGGUGAGCCUGGAAAGCAGGGUCCUCCUGGACUUCAUGGUGCCCGUGGACCCCCCGGACCUGCUGGACCCCCUGGACUGUCCGGUGCUCCCGGAGAAGCUGGUCGUGAGGGAUCUGCCGGUCACGAUGGUGCCCCUGGUCGUGAUGGAGCAACUGGCCCUAAGGGAAACCGUGGCGAGAAUGGUCAGGCUGGACCCCCCGGACCCCCUGGUGCUCCUGGACCCCCCGGAAAUGCCGGCCCCUCUGGCAAGACUGGUGACCGUGGAGAGUCUGGUCCCGCUGGCUCUGCCGGUCCUGCUGGCCCUGCUGGUGUCCGUGGUCCCGCUGGCCCUGCAGGUGCAAAGGGAGACAGAGGAGAGGCUGGUGAGGCAGGAGACAGAGGACAUAAGGGACACAGAGGAUUCACAGGCAUGCAGGGUCUGCCCGGACCUGCUGGGGCUUCUGGAGACAGAGGACCUGCUGGCGCCUCCGGACCAGCUGGACCUAGAGGACCUUCUGGAUCUAAUGGCAUCCCUGGAAAGGAUGGCGUGAACGGUCUUCCCGGACCAAUCGGACCCCCUGGACCUCGUGGUCGCAAUGGAGAGAUGGGACCUUCUGGUCCUCCCGGACCUCCUGGACCCGCUGGGCCCCCUGGACCUCCCGGCAGUGGAUUUGACUUCAUCAGCCAGCCUAUUCAGGAGAAGGCACCCGAUCCCUUCCGUGGCGGCGGCGGCCACUAUCGUGCCGACGAUCCCAAGGUUAUUCAAGAUCGCGACAUGGAGGUGGACACCACCCUCAAGACCCUGACCCAGAGAGUGGAGAAGAUCCGCAGCCCCGACGGUUCCCAGAAGAGCCCAGUCCGCAUGUGCCGUGACCUGAAGAUGUCCCACCCUGAGCUGAAGAGCGACUUGUACUGGAUCGACCCCAACCAGGGAUCCUCUCUGGAUGCCAUCAAGGUCCACUGCAACAUGGAGACUGGCGAGACUUGCAUCUACCCCAGCGAGUCCAGCAUUCCCAUGAAGAACUGGUACCUCAGCAAGAACAUCAGAGAGAAGAAGCCCGUCUGGUUCAGCGAGUCCAUGACCGGUGGAUUCCAGUUCCAGUAUGGCAGCGAUGGAGCUGAUCCCGAGGACGUCAGCAUCCAGAUGGCCUUUGUGCGCCUGAUGUCCAAUCAGGCCUCUCAGAACAUGACAUACCACUGCAAGAACAGCAUUGCCUACAUGGACUCCGCCACCGGCAAUCUGAAGAAGGCCCUGCUUCUCCAGGGAUCCAACGACGUUGAGAUCAGAGCCGAGGGCAACAGCCGCUUCACAUACAGUGUCAGCGAGGAUGGCUGCACGUCACACACUGGCACAUGGGGCAAGACAGUCAUUGACUACAAGACAUCAAAAACAUCCCGCCUGCCCAUCAUUGACAUUGCUCCUAUGGAUGUUGGUGCACCUGAUCAGGAAUUUGGCGUCGAAGUUGGCCCUGUUUGCUUCUUGUAAAAAGAAAGAAAUAUGGACAUGACAUUGUUGUUUUUUUUCUAGCAGUCAUCUCUAAAUCCUUUUCCUAUGCAUUCAAAACUCAUUUGGCUGCCAUUGGUCCACAUGCUUAAAACCACUCUACUGAAGACGAUGUUUGUGUUUUUCCAAUCAUGAGAAGUUUUUGGGACUGCUACUUCAACCAAAACCAACCACAAGGACACUUUAAAAAGAAUCUUUUGUUUCCACUGGCAACAAGAAAAUAAUAUAUACUUGUGUAAAAUUUCCCCCUUGGAGAUUGAGAAAAAAAGAAAAAAGAAAGGUUUACACACGCAAUGAAACACAGGUGACUUUUGCCAUUUUCUACCACUGCGGAAGGACAUUGAAAACAACAAAUGAUGUGUACCAUUUUUCUGGUGUUAAAUAAAUUGUAAAAAGUUUGAAAAGCGUCUUCUUGUUCUAAAUUCUUGAAAGAAAAAAAACACCUGAAUGUUGCUCCGACAAAGACCAGCGAAAGAGCAAAAACAAAGAAGUUCACCUUCAUUGCAAUAUGUAGAUGGCUACCUCAUAACAAGAAGUCAAGACAUUUUUUUCUUAAAUGAGAAAGGGUAUAUUUUACACAAGUUUAGUGUGGGGAAAUCAAAAACAUUCAAAGGUGCUAUUGCCAUUUCAACAAGGACCAGUUAUUGGUGUUUGAUGGUGAAACUCUCACUGUCAUACUGUAAUUAUUGCCACUAAUGCCUGCAGAACCUUUGGUGCUACUAAAUUCACUCAUUGUCUUGUUGUCUAUGCAGUGCAAUGGUUUUCUUCUUAAGUGUUCUGGAAAGGUGAUCACUGCAGAUGUAAUGCAUGCAAUCAUGUCUUUGUAGAUAAAAAAAAGCAAGUGACUCUGGUUCAAUAUCAUUUCCCUGCACAUUUGUCCAGUGUUCAUCCCUCUGUCUGUUGCCCCCCCCCCCCCCCGUGGAAAACUCCUCUUCACUAAAAAAGAAAACAGCACACGUCUCCCACCUUGUUGUUUAUGUUGUUUGUUGAUGUCUUUCGCGAAGGGUUUCUUAAAAAAGAAUUUGAAGAAGACCCACUUUCAUGGUUUAAAAGAGAGAUUCUGUACUUAUUUUGUACAUGUAAAAUAAAUUGAGAUGUUUUUAUUAUUUUGGGUGCUGUAAUAAAGCAUGUGAAGUGGUCUACUCAGUG